UUGUUUAAGAAAUUGAGGUAGUUGGCUGAGCAGUAACAAGACGACGAAACACAAAGCGUCUAAUUUCCCGAGUGCCCUCAACUCUUAAACAAAGACUGAUGAUAGAGGAAUUAUAUAUAAAGAACUCCUUAAACAAAUGUAUUAUUCAACUAUUAUACUAGUAGUUUCGGUCUAAUCAAGCAAUCAAAUCUGAAAAACUCUUAAGCAAGACAAGGAGUACGUAAAUCUGAAUGGAAAAAGUUAUGAAUGGAGAAGAAAAGAGAGUUUGUGUGACUGGUGCUUCAGGUUUUAUUGCUUCUUGGAUUGUCAAGCUUUUGCUCCAACGAGGUUAUAAAGUCAACGCUACUGUUCGUAACCUAAAUGAUCCCAUGCAAAAGGAGCACUUGCUUGCAAUGGAUGGUGCUGAAAAGAGACUUCAGUUGUUUGAAGCAGAUCUCUUGGAAGAAGGUUCCUUCGAUUCUGCUAUCCAUGGAUGUGAUGGUGUUUUCCACACUGCAACUCCGCUUAUACUCUUUUCCACGAAUCCUGAGGAAGAAGUGAUUGAACCUGCUGUGAUGGGAACUCUUAAUGUUCUUGCCUCGUGUAUAAAAACCGGGUCAUCUGUCAAACGAGUGAUUUUCACAUCUUCUACUGCAGCAGUUGUACACAAUGGAAGACCUCUCACCAAUGAGACAGUGGUUGAUGAAACAUGGUUUUCUUCUCCAGAAGGCUGCAAAGCCAGAAAAGGGGAGUGUUAUAGUCUCUCAAAAACCUUAGCUGAGGAUGCUGCAUGGAAAUUCGCCAAAGAGAAUGGCAUCAAUCUGAUUUCAGUAAACCCUGCUGGUGUAAUAGGCCCAUUGUUACAGCCAACUAUAAAUGCUACAACAUUUUACUAUAUUAUUAACUUGAUUAAUGGGGCAGAAACCUAUCCAAAUUCAAGUUUUGGGUGGGUUCAUGUAAAAGAUGUAGCCGAAGCACAUAUUCGUGCCUUUGAGAUCCCUUCUGCAAAUGGAAGGUACAUAUUGAGUGAAACUGUUGCACAUUUCUCAGAUAUUGUCAAAAUAUUGCAUGAGCUUUACCCGAGUCUCAAACUUCCUGACAAGUGCGAUGAUGACCAGCCACUUGCGGCGAGUUACAAGAUUUCGCAGGACAAAGCCAAGACCUUAGGCAUUGAGUUCAUUCCCUUAAAAAUUGCUCUCAAGGAAACUGUUGAGUGCUUAAAGGAGAAGUUCAACAUUAGUGUUUGAUAUUUUUUCUUCCAUUCUUUUUCUUUUUCUACAAACUUGUUUAGUGUAUAUUAUUGGCUCUGUGUUUAGUUUCUGCAACAAUGAAGGAAAUGCUUGUAUGUUGUGAUUUAUGGAUUAGUGUGUGGUGGCUAUGAUCUACUAUAAUGUCUAUAAUCAUGUUGCCCGGGGCAUUUUUCUCGUAGCAAAUAUUACUAAUAAUACAUGGACCAUAGGAAAGUAGGGACGUUAUUGAUUUAUACUUUUUUGCAAUUUAUA